AUGGAAACAUUAUAUCCCCAACAGAGCCCCAAUUCCAAGGAUCUAACGAGGGACAACCCGACUCGCGACCUCCUCAAAGUGGUAGAGAGCAAGGAGAAUAUACUCUCAUAUGACGGGAAGGUGUUUCUGGAGCGAGAUCCGACUUGGGGAUUUUACGUUUUCCUCACGAGCUACUCGGAAGAAGUCUCUGCGAAUAUACCCCAAGCAAUGGAGACGUUGAUCGGUGUCCUGCAGCGCAAGCUACCAUAUUGGACGUGUCCCCCCUACGCCGAGGAGGCUUUUCGUCGAUUUAAGCUUGAUCUGGUCGAGGACCAGGCUGCUCUCGAGGGAGCAACGCAUGAUCGAAUCCGUGCGGAGUUCCAGGCGCUCUGUCGUGCCAAAAUUCGAGAUGUCACGUCCUCUAAGGAAUUUGAGGGUAAGGAGACGUUUGAUUUGUGGUCUCGCGCACGGUAUAUGGCCUGUUUAGUUCUCGACGAAGCUGCAGUAUCGACGCUGGCAAAUGUUCCGCAUUUUGAGGACCAGAAAGACCAUGAUCGCUUCUUGAUAAACAUGGUGAUUUUGAAAGUUGUUGAUAGGUUUUGGCAGCGCCCACCUCCGGUUGUUCUUUCGACUGAAGACUAUCGGGGAGUAGCGGAUUGCUCCAUUGGGCGGCUCCCGUUGCUCUAUCAUGAGAUCACAUCAUACUCAGGCUGGCAUGCCGUAGAGCAGUUUUGGGACUAUCAACGUCUAGGACUAUGGGAUUGA